AUGAAAUUAUUUUGUUUUUACAUUAUAGCUUGCAUUUGUGCUUUCGAGUUACACUAUACAUCUGAUCCAAAAGCUCUCUGUCUAGAUGGAUCGCCAGCAUCCUUUUAUAAAGCAGAAGGUUAUGGAACAGGGGUAAAGAGCUAUAUUCUACAUUUCUAAGGCGGAGCAAGGAUAGAAGGAGCAACUUAUGAUGACAUGAUUAAAUCUGCCUACUUGAGGUUAUAUAUUGAAAUUAUUUAAAGAUCCAAAACAAAGUUGGGAAGCUCCAAAAAUCUGAGCAAAACCACGGUCUUUGAGGGAAUGUAUGCUAGAACUGAAAAAUAGAACCCAUAUUAUUACAAUUGGAACCUGAUUUUCUUUAAUUAUUGUGAUGGAUCUUUACAUUAAGGAUAUAAAACAGAGCCUGUUGAAUUUUUAGGAACCAAAUUGUAUUUCCGAGGUGAUGCAAUAGUCAAAUCAUUUUUAUCUGACCUCUUACCAGAGCUUUCUAAGGCUGCAACAGUUAUCGUAGCUGGGUGUUCUGCUGGUGGGAAUGCCGCUUAUUUUUGGGUUGAACAUAUCCGAGCAUUAUUGCCAUCAGAUGUUGAUGUCUAUGGAGUUCCAGAUUCAGGAAUGGCUUUAAACUUGCCAGCUAUAGAUGGAACAGAUUAUCCAACAGAAUCCCUUAAUUUAUUAAUAGAUUUAGUGAAUAUCGAGGUUACUCAUCCUAAUAAAUAAUGUGUUUAAAAGUAUAAGAACGAAGUUUGGAAAUGUUAUUAUGCUCAAUAUAUAUUUGAGUUUAUUCAAACCCCUUUAUUCAUUAUCUAAUCUAUGUACGAUUAUUACAGUCUCACUGCGAGAUUUAAAAUAAAUUGUGCAAAGAACUAUUCAUUAAGUAAUUGUUCUCAAGAGGAAUUGGAUUUCGCAUAAGACUUAUACAAACAAAACUAUGAGGUAUUGAGUUAAAGAAAGAGGGAUCAUCCUGAAACUGGUGCGUUUGCUCCAAGUUGUUUGGAACAUUGCUUUUUAUUAAAAGAUUAUUAUGAUUCUUCAGAUUGGUAAGUUCCUGGAGAAUCAGGGAACACUAUAUAAGUAGCGAUAAAUAAUUGGCUAAACUCUAAACCGAAUCCUGAGAAUAAUUUUUAUGUUGAUAAUGUAGAAUGGCCAAACAAUAAAAAAUGUUCAAACGCUGAGUCCAAUAGUUAUUCCCAUCUAUACGCCAUCAGUAUUCUAUUGAUAUCACAAAUUAUUUGA